UGGGUGUGGUUUGUUCUAGCCACGCCUACUGACCUUGCCCAACAAAAUAAUUAGCUAGCAGGGAAUGGCUGAAGGAAUUCUGUGUCAUUUUACUGAAACUGAGGGAGAGAUUAGCUGCAAUGGGACCCUCUAUCAUCUUGGCGGGGAGAGUGAGGGCUCAAUAAAGCCGACUGAUGCUCUAUUUUGGGUAUACCUAAUCGUCUACAUCAUUCUGGUCCUGUUUGCUGGGUUAAUGUCAGGAUUAACAAUGGGCCUACUGUCCCUGGACAUCAUGAGUCUGGAGGUAUUGAAAAGAGGCGGGAAACCCCGGGAAAAGAAAUAUGCCAGUCGCAUUAUCCGUAUAGUAAAGAAGCACCACCUCCUCCUGGUGACACUCCUGUUAGCUAACGCCAUUGCAGUGGAGUCCAUGCCAAUCUUCCUGGACAAGAUCACGAAUGAAAUAGUGGCCAUUUUAAUAUCAGUGACUGCUGUACUAGUCUUUGGAGAAAUUGUACCUCAAGCUCUUUGUACACGUUUUGGACUAGCCAUUGGAUACUAUUGUGCUCCUUUGGUCUACUUUCUGAUGGCCGCAUUCUUCAUUCUUGCAUUUCCAAUUUCAAAAGUACUUGAUCUGAUACUAGGAAAAGACCAUAGCACAUUCUUCAGGAGAGCCGAAUUGAAAGAACUGGUUCAGAUGCACGGCUCGUCUGAAGAAACUGACAGCAAAGAGAACGAAGAACCUUUAUCACACGAUGAAAUACUCAUCGUUAAGGGUGCUCUUGAUAUGAGAGAUAAAACUGUCAAAGACGCCAUGACGCCACUUGAAUCAGUAUUCAUGUUACAUGUUGAUGACAAGAUUGGACAAGCUAACAUGGAAAAGAUAAUAGCAACUGGUCAUUCCAGGAUCCCGAUUUAUAAAGAUGGUCGUACUGACAUUGUCGGUUUGAUAUUAGUAAAGAAACUCAUUAUACUUGAUCCUGAUGAUAACGUACCAAUUAAAGAAGUAAUUGGUGCUAUGACUCCUCCUCCUUCUUGCUCAACGACCACACCCCUUUAUGAUAUACUCAACCAGUUUCAGACAGGAAGGAGUCAUCUUUAUUUAGUGUACAAUGAAGAAGAACCAGAUUCUGAGCUGGUUGGUAUCAUAACACUAGAAGACGUCAUUGAAGAACUGAUCGGUGAAGAGAUUGUCGAUGAAACUGAUUUGUACAUUGACGUCCACCGAAGGAUCUCAGUAGCAAGAGCUCGUGUCAACCUGUUCAGACGUCAGAAUGUGAGUGACCCUACGGGGGACAGGACCAGGAUCAUGAGAAUAAGGAGAGCUAUUGGACGUGGGGACACUUCAUCCUCACUGUAUGGAGUCAGGGAGGAGGCUCCAUCUCCUCAGGCUCCACCUCCUCGUCACAUGGAAUCAGUAAUUCCAGGCAGUCUACCUGAUGAAGAUACCAACGAAGACCCCAGUGCUAUUAAUAAUAACGAGGAUGACAAAGCGCCUUUACUUAUUAACGAUUAAUUUCAUUACAGCUAAAUUAUUUUCCAGAUUAUUAUUGUUAUUAUAUUUUUUAUCUGAUUUAUGGAUUUUUGUCAGAAUUA